UUGCAAUUUUCCGUGCGUAAAAACUUCCGUCAGAUGUCCUUAGGUCGCAAUAAACACGUGAAAUAUUAAAAUUUUAAAAAAUAUGUCUUCUGAAAGCGAUAAUUUGGGUAGUUCUUCAGAGAGUGAAACUAGUAGUGAUGAAGACAUGGAUAGAAAUAUAAUUAAGGCAUUUAAUGCUGUUAAAAGUAAUUUAGACAAAUCUGGCCUUAAGAAUAAGAACGCUACCCUUGUAAAUUCAGCAACUUCUAGCAGACAUAAUUUGAUUUAUGAUACAUUUAAAAAAAGAGAAAAUGUUAUAUCGAAGAAAAAAUCCAACAAAAAACCGAGUGAUGCAAAGGAAGCUAAUUCCUUCUUAAAUAAAUUUUUCAUAGAUAAAAAUGAUGACAGUAUUGUUGCUUAUGAUCUUUCAAACUUUAAUUUUGAUUCAGGAGAAGGUGAAUUAGAUAAAACCAUUUCUUAUGAUUUGACAAAUAGUUGUGAUAUUGUUAAUGACCAAGGAACUGAAAAUUCAAUGUCUGAUGAUGAUGGUCAGGAAAGUGAGAAACAAGAGGAAGAUGUUGCAGACAAUGAGAAAAAAAGUAAAAAGAAGAGAAUGAAGAAAAAGAAG